AUGUCAGUUUUAGAAACAGAAUUACAAAUUAGUACCGACGAAGAAGGAUUAGAAAAUAAAGUAUCUAAUAAUCUCAAUGACGAUAAGUUAAAAAAAUUAAGAAUUGCGACUGAUUCAUUAGGUGGUCAUGCUGUUAUCGGAGAACUUUCAAAACCAUAUGAUAUCUUGACAAAUACCAUUAUGGAAUUAAUCAAAAAAAAUUACAAUUCAUUUGAGUUUGCACAAUACAGCAAAAAGAUUUAUCAAAAUUACUAUAAUAAUUUAUUAAGUCUAAUUGCAGCUUUAAAGAAAUCACAACAAUUAAUUACCGAUUUGUCAUUUCUUUGGAAUUUACAUAAAUUUAGAACUACUAACAUUAUUAAAAGACGUUUUGAAAGAGUCACAAAAGAAUUUGAUAAAGUUUUAUCAGACUUAAAGUUGGAGAAGCCUUUUGAUUUUGUAACACAAAAAAAGAAAGAUUUAAAAGCUGUAGAACAUGAUAUUUCAAUAAUUACUAAGUUUCUUGAAAGAGCUGAAGGAUCUAUAACAAUUCCAUCUGAUGAAUUAAUAAAUAUAUACAAUCAAUUUGUGAGGAAAGAUCAAUAUGGUGGUGCUGGCAAUGUUAAAGUUAGAAAGUGGCUGUCAAGUGGUGGUGGCAGUGGUAUUGAAAAAAAGAAGAAAACAAAAAGUAUUCUAGUUGCAUGUAAAAGAUAUGAGCAACAGCCACAAAAAUUUUUUGAUAAUCUUAUUCUACUCCCCAAAUUAAAUAAUUGUCCAAAUAUUUUAAAAUUCUAUGCACUUUCGGUUGUUAAAGAUUGGAAUUAUCACAAUUCAACAAAUUCAAGUUGGAGUCCUUUACAAAUAUCUAAUCAUGUGUUGGCAGGUUUUAGAGAAGUAAUGGAUUUUGGAAAUGAUCCUAAUAUAAUAGAACGAUCAUAUUCUAAAUUGAUUAGAGCUGAUGAUAUAAACUCGAGUCCAUUCGAAGCUUUAAAUGUGUAUAUUUCAAGUGAAUAUAUAUGUAUUAAUUCAAGACCAGAACCAUUCCAAGAGGAAAAAUCAAAUGAAAAUAAUGAUUCUAAUGAACCUAAAAAAGAUUUUGAUAUAUCAACCGUUGACAUAAAAGCUGCAGCGAUGUCCUGGAAUUCUUUUGCCAAUCCUAACAUAAAGGAUAGAGAUGAUGGUUUGGCAUCAACAUUAAAUUAUUAUAAUUAUUACCAAAGAAGUCCUUAUCAACAACGAUAUAAUUUGUACAAACAACCUCCUUAUUCACAAGAUUAUGUCAAUUGGAAGCAAAAUGUUACAUAUCAGGGUACCAAUAAUGAACAAGAUUAUUAUUAUGACUCAUGUUCAAUGCUUGAUCCAGUAUUAGAACAGAAUUACCCCACUAAUCCAAAACGUGUUGAUAAACAUGAUCGUGGUCAAAUCCUAUUAACAAUAAACGUGGAAUUCGAGGAUGGUCAUACUCAAGCAAUCUGUGUUCAUGUCAACGAUGAACCUGCUGAUUUGGCAAAAGAUUUUUGUGAUUUAUGGGGGGUAACAAACCCGGUGGUAGAACCCGCAUUUGAAGGUUUAAUUAAAGAGGAAAAAGAUAAAAGACUUGGUUCACUUUGA